CCCAAACUAACCAGAUCCAGUACUCUUGUAACCAUAAUGUUAUUCAUGUAUUUUCUCUUUUAAAUAGUGCUGUUUUCCUGAUGUCAAUAUUCCUGAGUUUUCUUUGUCGGCCUACCAGAUGCGACCUUCAAUUAUUUUCCUGGAUGAGAUCAAUGCCCUUGCUCCUAUAGGCACCAGUAAACAAGACCAGGUUCAUAGCUCUGUUGUAGGAACACUUCUGGCGCUAAUGGAAGGCUUCACUGGCGGAAAGGUUGUGGGAAUCAGAGCCAUCAGCAGACUGAAAUCUGUAGAUCCUGCUUUAUGGAUCCUCCUGGAAACUUUGUCCAAGAAUUCCACUUCAACUUGCCAAACAAAGAGGCAAGAAAAGGGAUUUUCAAAAGUCACACAGGAUGGGACCCUGAAACCAUGGGACAACUUUCUUGAAAAGCUGGCUGUGCUAUAAAGAACUGUGCUGGUGAAAUUAGUUAACAAAAACUUUCAAGGAAGUAAAAAAGCCAAACACCAAAUGAUCCCACAUUUAAACAACAGGUGCAUAAAGUUCCAGACAGGAUUUUCAGAUGCACUUCAGGAGCCACAGGAAGCAAGAAAUGAUCUUCCCUGGGAGUCAGAAUGUUGCACAUGACAGCAAGCCAACACAUUUGCUGCACUACACUGAACCCGCUCUGAAGGCUUUCCAGGGGGAAACGAGGAGCUGUUCCCAAAGUCAUUGUUGGUUUUCCAUCCUUCUGAGCUGCCCAAGAGAUGUAGAAUGCGGAGCAGGAAGGACUCUCAAGACUGUGUUGGUAUGACAGCAGGUGUUUGGCCAAGAACAUGCUAUAAGUCAGGUACUGUGGAACGAAAUUGAUGAAACAAGUGUUGCCGGGGUCAACAUCCCUCUUUUCCUUCCAGUUCAUGGAACUCUUCUGUGGAAUAAGAUCCCAUUCUGGCAGAGCCAUUUCAAGAUGGAGGAGGACACUCAUGGAGGAGCACCACCAUUGCAAUGGUUGCAAUGACUUGGUUUUGGGUCCAUUCUUUCUUGCAUGGUCAAACUCUCUGCAGAAAUCAGAAGCAAUUUAAUUGUCCCACACCCCUCAGGGCCUCUUGCUGCACACCCUAUUCCUGCAGCAGUGCUGCACAGGACUUCCUGCCAAGCCUCAUCUUUGUGUCUUCCUGGAGCUCACCUCCAAAUUUUAACUUUAACUUCUGGAU